CCGAAAGAGGCUCAAUGACUUGCAGCGAAGGCGAUCACAAACCGGCCACCCCGCAACAAUCCACAAUGGCUCCACACACAAUCCACAAACAUCCACCGUCAAUCGAUGAAAGAGACCCUCAAUUGUUGCUUUGCUCUUGUCUCUCUCUGAACCAACAGCUGCCGAGCUAGCUAGAACAGCACUUGCUGUCGGUGCAUCCCAAGCUAACGGAGGCAGAGGAAACGACAGAGGAGCUUGCUUUGAGGACAGCAAGAGUCGAGUCGUGUUAAUAUAUACUGUACCGGUAGCGCACCACUCGACGGUCUUUGGUUCAGUACCAUACCGGUACCGGUACAGUCCAAACCAUCAUGUCUGGGAGCCACAGCCGCUUCACACCUCCCUUUAGUGUGUCCCAACAACGAUUCUUGGCCAUUUGUCCCAAAUUCUCCUCCUCCUUCAGUAUUGUGGGAAGCCUGUAUAUCAUUCAGCAUGUCCUACGAUCUCCAUCGCGACGACAACGGGUCUACACGCGUCUCUUGCUGGUCAUGAGUGGUAUGGAUUUGAUGUAUGCCAUCAAAUGCUUUCUUUCCACAUGGCCCUUGCCUACUGGGUCGGCGUAUGGAGCCGUGGGAACCACACAAACGUGUACGGCGGCCGCCUUUUGGGGACAAGGAGGAUCGCUGUCGUCGGCUGUCUACAAUGGCAGUCUGACACUCUACUAUCUACUCACCAUUCGAUAUGGAUGGACACAAUCGCAAUUUCAACAACAAUCAUCAUCAUCAUCAUCAUCAUCAUCCACACAUAACACAUCCACAACCACAAGAAUACGAAUAUCCUGGGAGUGGCUACUGCACGCCAUUCCUCUCUCAAUUGGCUGGGGCACGGCCAUUGCAUCGUUGCCACUGCGCCUCUUUAACCCCAUUGGAUGGACCUGUUGGAUUGGACCGUGGCCACUCCAAUGUGCCGCUGAUGGCGAUGGCACGCCAUGUGAACGCGGACACAAUGCCAAACUCUAUCGAUGGCUCUUUUUUCAUGCUAUUCUAUGGGCCACAUUUGCCUUUGUCACCGUCGCCAUGAUACUCAUUUAUGCCAAAAUCAAAGCCGAUGAACGUCGCUCCGAUCGAUACAAUAACAGCUUUCUCAUCAAACAAGAGGAACAACGACAAGAAUUUCAAAUACAAAGCACUCAUGAUAAUCAAGACAAUCAGCAGCAGCAAGUGGAGGUACUGCACGAAGAUGCACAAGCUUCGUCCAUGACAUGUACCACUCCGACAACCAGUCAAUCUCGCCUGUCUUUGGCACGCAGCAGUCACAGGCAUAUCAUUGGUAGCAGUCGAGUACUCUUUGGAGGAUCCGCCAAGAGACCAAGUAGUGACGAAGAACUCAACACUACCGAAUACAGUUGUUCCGCGCCAUUUUCCAGAACAGCCAGUUUCAAACAACGAAAACGAAAACAACAACAGCACAAGAAACAAAAGCUAUCCAGACGAUUUGCCGAACAAGCCUUUUGGUACAUUUUGUCUUUCUUUUUGGCAUGGAUCAUUCCCAUGGCACAAUUCGCCGUCACACAGGCACCGGAAGGGACACUCUACUAUCCCUUAUUGGCAUUGACCGUCAUUCUCAAUCCCUUGCAAGGCAUGUGGAAUGCCUUGAUUUACAUUCGACCACGCUAUCUCCGCUACCGACAAAAACAACGACAACAGCAACAACAGCAACGGCGCCGCCAAAGUCGAAAUAGUCAGGAGGGAUCACAACAAUUCUUGGGCUUGUCCUUGCGACGCAGUUCUCGACAGUUGUUGCAAACGGCAGGCGAUGAUAGCCCCGUCGAUUCGACGGGCGGCACCACUAAUCACACCGUCAGACCUGAUGUAUGGCAGGCCAUUGUUUCGGCUGUCAGUGUACAAGGAGAAGACGACGAAGACGAAUGGGAGGGAGAGGAUGACAAUAAUGAAGAAUCAUCGAUUCAUAAUAAUGAUGCGAAACCGAAUGGAACUUGUGGAAGAGAUACACCCUCCUCGGAUGGUGACGACAACGACAGGCAAGGGGAUACUGCCAAUGACGAGGAAAUUCCAAAGCAUGGCGGCGAAGAGCUUGGGCAAGAGGAUCAUGGCGUCGUGAGCAGCGCUGUACAUGAACCAUAGAUCUGGAGGGAGGCAAUGCUAUUUCGGCAAGACUAUAUGCAUUCCUGCAAGAGGUGUGUUUGCAGUAUCAAGCAAGGGAUCAUCAACUAACCCGACGCAUUGCUGGAGCUCGAGUCGAGUCCGGGCGAUCCACCAUAUUCUUGCACAAAAGAACGUGCAUCAUUCAGUGUUCUACUAAAAGGCUGCAUCGCUAUACAGGCACAAGUCGUUCACCAGCUCGGUGGCAUACCCAACGUUACUACUGACUGUAGCCACUAAUAGUAACCACGCAGCUGGCUAGGUCUGCCACCUGUCAGCUUGCUUCGAAGCGACAUUCAGUGAUUCAUUGUUUGUCUGGCCAUAAACAUCCACUCUAAGGAUCCAUGACAAAAAAAGCACUCUCGAGGGAGCCAAAGUCAGCCCAGCUCACUGUUGUUGCUCUUUCCGUAUCCAAGUUGAGGA